AUGAUCGUCGAACGCCUCCCCAUGGUCGCGCCGCCUCCCGAGCCGUGGGAGGCUGAGUACCAGCAAUGGUCCGACGAGCGCAGGCGGAAGUUCCUCAAGAAGCUGCCCGAGGGACUGGUCAACCCAAAAGCGGAGUUCGAGGAGCGGGAUCAGGGGGAGGACUUCGAACCCGCGCCGAGGGAGACGGAGGCGGACAAGACCGGGGACCAGCGGACCAUGCACCGGAGGCUGGACGAGUUCCUAUUCCUCGUGGUGCAGAAUGCAAAGACGGGGCAGUGGGGUUUCCCCAGGCGGGAGCACGUCGAGGGGGAGACGAUGAGGGACGUGGCGCGUCAGGCGAUGGAGGAGGCGGUGGGUGAUUCCAUAGAGACCUACCUGGUGGGUAACGCACCCCUGGGUCACUUCUACGAGGCCAAGACGGGAGCCGACGGCAAGGAGGGCGGCCAGGGGACCAACUUUUACCAUCGAGCGCAGUGGCUGGAUGGAACCCUCAAGCUGGAGUCCAGGUACAAGGACUACAAGUGGUUGACCAAGGAGGAGCUCGGUGCACACUUCAACGAGGAGCACCACGAAUUCAUCAAGGCGAUCUGCUGA